AUGUCGCUUGUUCCUGAAGCUGAUGCGCAGGUGGCUUUGACAACGCUGCGCCCGGCUGCGCACCGGGAUCGCUUCAUCCAUCUGCAGACCGCAGCACGAAGUGCAGGAGGGUCUGAUCCAGCGCAGCGCCUCAACACAAUCAUCGAGCUGCUUCAGCACUAUCGGAAUGCUGCGGGACUCGGUGCGCUGCUCCCACAUGACUGGGAUCUCUAUCUCGCACUCGAAUCACGCCUCGCAGCCGCGUCAGCUCCGCUCAAUUCCGAGGCGCUCCAUGCGCUAUUCGAGCUCCACAAGAACGCCACAUUGCAGUAUCAGAGCCGGCAUCUCAUUGUGCGGUAUAUCAGCCUUGUACUCGCGUAUUUCUCUCGCAUCAACGGCGUCGAAGUCGCCGCAACGCCAGCCUUGGCUGAUGAUCCGUCGUCAUCGGCCGCAAAGGUUUCCGACCCCGCUCUCAAGUGGACCAGCCUCGAAUCGUGUCCCACAUUCGACACUUUGAGCGGUGCCUACGUCGUACAGUCGCUACCCGCAUUGUCCACCGACGCCAGCCAUGCAAGCGCAUGGGAAGCGGUUUGUGGACUCGACGCAGUACGGUCGCGCCUGCGAGAAGCGUACGCCAAGUGCGCCUACCAGCUGCAAGAGUCUCAAUCGGUUUGGAGGCCGUAUCUUGCAUUUGAGGAGGCGCUGCUCAACUCGCCCCACAUUGCGCGCGAUCAGCAGGUGGAGGCGGUACGACAGGUCUACCUGGCCCGGCUCAAGGUGCCUCACGCUGCGAUCGACGACACCUUCCAGGCAUUCUCGCAGUUCGUCACGCAGCACCUGCCGCCACACCAGUACGAGUCCGAGAUGUCGGCUGCAAACACACUCGUCGCCGAGUCGAGGAGCAUGCUGCGACAGCGCGAGCAGUUUGAAGAUGCGCUAACGCCGCUCCUGGCCAGCGGAUCGUUGCACGUGCCCGGAUCCAGGCAGGAUGUGGAUAGCUUUGCGACGUACUGCAAGCCGUACCUUCGCUGGCAGACUGGUCGGGCAAAGCGUGCGGCACGGUCGAAAGACCGGACGGCCCACACAGAGCUGGACCUGGCGUGUGCGCUGUACGAGCGCCUGAUCGCUGUGUUUGGCCUGCAUCCGCCCACUACGCAUCGCGAAGAGCUGGUCUAUUACGCCGGUGACCUGGACGGUGCAGCGCAGUCGUCGAAACAAUGGAAGCGCCUUAGCAAUGCGGAGCGCGCAGCACGCACGCAGCAGGAGGAGCAGCUUCUGGGCGAGCGUCUGUCGCUCGCGACCGACCUGUGGCUCGACUACAUCGCGCUGCUCACUUCGGGCACGCAUCCGGACGCGUCGUUGGUGAUGGACGUGUGCACGCGCGCGGUGCACUGCCUGCCGACAGCGGUGAGUCUGCACGCGGCACUCAUGCGCAGCUCGGCGCGCUUCCGACGUUCGCGUGCGCAGGUGGAGCAGCUGUUCGAACGAGUCGCCACGCCGGGUGCGCUCUCGCUCACUGCAGCCGAGCUCACGGAUCUGACGCUGGCGCGCGUCGACUGCGAGCGCGAGCUGGCCACGUACGAGCUUGUGGUUAAGGCGGGCGCGGAGCUCGACAUGGAUCCGGCGCACGACAUGGACAAGUUCACCGAGAUCUACGCGCUGCUCAGCUAUGCGCUCGGCAAGGUCGCCGAGGCAGGCGAAGGGCAGUACGACACGAGUCUGCAGCUCGAGCGCGUCACGGUCAACUGGGUGGAGCGCGCGGUGCAUGCCAUGGGCGGGCCUGCGUCCGAGGGCGGCGCGGGAUUCAACGAGCUGGCGGAGCAGGUGUGGCAGACGGCCGUGACGCAGCAGCCAGACAACCUGCUCGUGUACCGCGAGGCGGCGGCGUACUGGCUGCGCCGCUUCGAUGCGCGCAAGGCACGCGGCUGGCUCAAGGCCGGCGCGUCGAAGGUGGAGCGCAGGCACGCACAGGGCGCCGGCGAGGAUGCGGCCGAGUAUCAGGCGCUGCUGAACGACUGGCUCCAGCUCGAGCAUCAGUACGGCUCGAUCGAGGAGAUCGAGCAUGCCGAGACCAAGGCUCGUGCGGAGAGGCAGCGUGCACUCGAGGCCUGGUACGCGUCGUACGCCCAGUACGGCUAUGCCCAGGGUGGAGUGGCGGAGAAUGGGGCUGCGGCCAACGGUACGGAUGGCACCGCGAUGCAGGUCGAAGCACCGCAGCAGCCGAGCAGUACGAGUGCGGGCAAGCGCAAAGCGGACGACGAUGUGGUGCUCGAAGACACGCCGAUUGCCGAUGCGCCCAUGGCGACACGUGCCGACGACACGGCCGCAGCCGGAGGGGAGGGCGCAGCGGAGCAGAAGAAGACACGCACGGGCGAAGAGUCGGCGCCGGCGCGCGAUCGGGAGCACUGUUCGGUGCUCGUCGCUGGGCUGGAGCCGUCGACCGACGCACAGGCUGUGCGGUCGCUGCUGCGCGGCUGCGGGCGCAUCGUGGAGCUAUCUGGCCCGACCGUGCUCACGCGCCACGACGGAACGUCGGAAGCGGCUGCGCUAGUCGAGUUUGCCGACGCCUCUGGAGCCGCUUCGGCGCUCACGCGCCACGGCAAACCGCUGGGCGCCACGCACGUAUCGGUGCACAUCGGAUGGAAAUGUACGCUGUUCGUGACGAACUUUGCGGAGGAGUGGACGGACGCCGACGUGCGUUCGGCAUUCGGCGCACACGGGCUGGUGUUCAACGUGCGCUGGCCGAGCAAGCGCUUCGUGACUACGCGGCGGUUCUGCUACGUGCAGUACACGACGCCCUCGUCUGCGUCUGCGGCGGUUGCAGCGCUGGAUGGAAGCGAGGUGGCGGAGGGACGACGGAUGAGUGUGGCGCACUCUGAUCCGAGCCGGCGCAAGGCGCGGACGGACGCGGUGGAGAAUGCGCACGAGCUGUUCGUGUCGGGCUUUGCACGCAACAUCACCGACGACGACAUGCGCACGUACUUUGAGGCGUACGGCAAGGUGACUGGCGUCCGUCUGCUGCGCACGCCCGAGGGGUCGCUGAGGGGGAUUGGGUUUGUCGAUUUCGAGAAUGCGCUCGAGGCGCAGCGGGCUAUGCGCGAGCUCAACUCGACCAAGUGGAGAGGCAAGACGAUCGCGGUCACUAUGGCCGAGCACCGCAGUGCACAUGGGGCCAAACCGCAUAGAAGGGAGGAUGUGGCCGAACGCAGGACGCGCAGUGUGCGCGUGCAGGGGUUGCCAGAGGAUGCGCAGGAGGCGUUGAUCCAGCAGGCACUCGAGCAGGCUGUGGGUCUGGGGAGUGUGGCACAGGUACUGUGGACACCGGGAGAGGGAAGGAGUGCGGUGGUGGCGUUUGGAAACCAGGCGGAUGCGGGUAAGGCGGUGCUGCUGGCACAGACGGGCGAGGUGCGGUAUGCGGAUCAGCCGCUGGAUGUAGUGGCGAUGGACGAGCCAGCGCCCAAGCAGGAGCCACAUGCAUUGGCGUUUGUACCGCGCGCAUCGCGCGGAAGAGGCCGUGGACGUGCGCGCGCCUUUGCCCCAAUCACCCACGCCGUUGCACCAGCCCAGCAGGCCGAAGACGAUAUGCAGGUGGAGCCGGCCGCGCAACCUUCGGGGCAAGACCGAUUCCGAGCGAUGCUCAACACUUCUCACCAGUAA